AGAGACUGGUCACACCGUCCGACGGCCACAUCAAAAUCUGGGGGUCUGGCGUGUGACCCUGUUAUUUCUAUCCUGCAAUAAAAUAGCUGUGUAAUCUAAAGAUAAGUGGUGCGCAGUGAAACAGUGUUAUCCGUAAAUUCUAGUGUAAUUCAUGUGGAAAAUAUGGAGCGUGCGACUGGAACAGAGGUGUACGACGGGUGUGGCUCGCCCCAGAGCACAGACAUAACGCUGAAUAUACAAACGACAACGGGUGGGAAUUUCUCCAUCAGCCUGAACGGUAAAAAUACCGUAGAGCACCUCAAGAAACUAGUUUCUAAGAAGCUAAAGGUCUCCAAAGAUCGAAUAUGCUUGCUGCAUCGAGAAAGGCAGCUGCGCGACGGCACGCUCGACGACAACGGGCUGCUAGACGGCGCGCGCGUCAUCCUGCUGCCCAGCGUCGAGACGGGCCUGCUGAGCCAAAGGCCUGAAAACUCUGUUAUGCAAGCACUGGAAAGUCUCAAUGACACCCAGGUCAAUGAUUUCUUGAGUGGGAAGUCUCCUUUGAACCUCACCAUGCGUUUAGGUGACCACAUGAUGCUGAUUCAAUUGCAGCUGUCUACCCUCAAUUCUAGUUCGUCUGGCAGUUCACGUUCCCUACGGACUUCUACUCCGACUAAGAGCUCCACAUCAUCAAUACGCACCAAAAGUGAUACCAGGGACUCGCCUACCCCUCAGACCACUCCACAGAAACCCUCAAACAGUAAUGAAACAUGUAUAGAUAGUGAUAAACCUAAACAAGAGACACAGUCACCUGUUUUACAAAAAAAAGAUAUUGAAAUGUUACAAAAUGCCUUUGACUUGUAUCGUUCCAUGGCUGAAGAAAAAUAUGCAGAUAAACCAGAGACUUCUGGGGAUAAAGACGAAUCCAUGGACACAACCAACUGUACUCUGUCAGAUAUGUCGCAUACCUCAACAGAAAAUGACCAGUCCCCUAUCAAAUCUUUGUCUAAUUUGGUGUCUAGUCCUAUAGAUGUGUCAGCCUCUGAGAGUAAGGAGUCUGCAGUUUCAAACACCACUAAAAGUAAUUUGAUUGAGUUAUUAUCAAAUAAUAAAGUAAGCAGUGAUGUAAUUCCUUCCACAAGUGCCAUCAGUGAUAAGCAGAGUCCGUCAACUUCCUCGUUGACGCCCGACAGUUCCCUCAGUGACGACAGCGACAACUUCACUGACCAAAGUUCAUUCCUCGCAGAGAGUACCAUAGAUGAAUAUCCAAUGGAAAACCUCUUUAAUAGUGCUGUAGAUAAAGGCUUAUUUGAAAAUCAAGAUGAAUCUAUGAUGGACAGAGAAAUAUCUAACUUGGCUACAACUAGCCACGGUCAAGAGUCCACCAGUGGACCACUGCCAUCUUUCCAAAGUAUAAAUGAGCCUCUGAAAAAUAAGCGCUUCCAAUAUCUUCUGCAUAAAACGUCUAAAUUCAAACAUCCCAUUGGGCAAAGUAAGCAGAAAGCUUUCAUGCAGUCUGUUGUUAAUAAACAUAAAAAAAGAAUGCAGCUACGGCAAGAAAGUAAUCUAGCACAGCCUUCCACAUCCAAGUCAGAUCCUUGUAAGACGAGUACUGUUAGGAAAAUUCAGAAUCCAAAAAGUGUAGGAACCUCAACAGACGACUUGGCUACUCCGUCUACAUCUAAGCAGGUUCAGUUCAAAGCACCUGAUGCACCGAAAAAACCUCAGAGGGUGACAAUUACGCCUGCUGUAGAUACAAAAGCACUUAUAGAAGCAUCCAAAAAUUUAACACAGAAGCUUAAAAAGCUUUCUAAGGAAGUGUUAACAAAUAAAAUUGAUCUCAGAACUGCAGAGGAGACGGUGCGCUCGAAGAUAGGUCCAGGGGCUGUGAUAGAAUCCAUGAAGCACCAUGGCAAAGGAAUAUAUUCAGGGACCUUCUCCGGCACAUUGAACCCAGCUCUGCAAGACAGAUAUGGCCGACCAAAGAGAGACAUUUCUACAAUCAUUCACAUACUGAAUGACUUAUUGUGUGCGGCGCCUCCCAUCACCUUGGCACAGAAGGAGACCGCGAAGCACUCGUGUUCGACGAGCACGGGCUCGGGCGAGGAGGCGCGCGCAUGCGCAGCGGCGGGGCGGCGGGCGGGCGCGGCGUGCGCCGCGUGUGCCGCGUGCGCCGCCAGCGCGGCCAGUGCGGCCAGCGCCGCCAGCGCCGACAUGUGCAGCAAGUGCGACACGGCCAAGACGCUCGCGCUCGACAACUCCAAGACCAAGUGCAAGCUGGAGCAACUCCGCCUCGUCAUGCAGCAGAAGAAGCAGCGGCGCGAGGCUCGCAAGCUCAAGACCCUGCCCUACUCGUCCCCGCCGAAGACGCUCGCCUCCCCGGAGCAGGCGCCGCCCAUGCAGGAGGAGAUCGAGACGGUUGCCUAACACGUAGCCGCGGUCUAACUGCCCUCCAGACCCGCGCUGAUCCGCGACGCCGCCGUAUAGUCCAAAUUAGCGGAGAGUGGUAUUUUGACGAGUCGAAAGUUAGAGUAUUCGAGUUCGAACUUUCCAGAUAUCCCCGACCUAUUGUAAUUAUUUUUUUGCAAGUUUGAAUGAGAUGUCGACUUUCUACAUAAUUCCAGUAAAUUUAUGAUGUAUUGAAUAUUCUUUUCGCUGGACGCGUGACGUGAGGACGAUGUGGCCACGCCGCGUGCGCUUACACGGGUGUUUCCCGAAAGGACUGCGAUUGUCGUAAUUUGAAUAGUUUCGAUCUAGUUUCGGUGCCCGGUUGGGAAACGUACAUGCGUAUCUAAAGUCGUUACGUCACGGCAGUUGCAUGGAACCGGUGAAAAUAAACGAUGCCUUUGAAAAUAUGCAAAAUGCGAAUUUAUGCAAACGUAACUUUUGUCCUUCGACUUCAAAGCGUGACGGAAGGCCUCAGGCUUUCUAUUUUUCACUCACGAAUCAUCUGAAAGGUGAUACUCGGGUGUUGGGUAACGCGUUGUGAGACUGCUAGCCUUUGCUAUAUGUGUAGUGUGAGACGAAAGAACGAACGCCGGGCGCGGCCCACUAAUAUUCUAAAUUACCAUUUUGACUAAGUUUGGAUCGUAAUAUCUAUAAGUGCUAUUAUACGCAUGUACAAAGUAAAGAUUGAAUUAGCAAAAUCACUAGUUUAUAGAUAAAGUAACCAGUUAGGUCCUCCGAUGUAGUUGCCUGGUGCGACUCUAAAUUGAAUUUUUGUUGUUAUUUUUUAGAUUAUAUUUUUAUUAUUUUAUUGGUUCAUAAUACUUUUGAACUCUGUGUCUAGUAACUAAUUUAAUUUUUGGAUUAGCUGUUGAUAGAUUUUGGAAAUUAUCUCUUGGUUUGUGAGUGGACGGCAUCUGCCCACCCUGGUGGACGCCGCAGGCGUGACUGCCAUGGGGCUCCCGUGUACCACAAGUGACAUUUUGUUUCUUCAUUAUUUUAGAACGAGCAACUUUAUUCCACUUUUAUUAGACAUAAUUGGCACUGUUAUUCUUAUAGUUAUUUUUAUUUGUUUUCUUUUUUCUCCUUUCACGGAUAUGUUGUUUAAAAGUAAUAAAUGUUUUCUUCAUUACACAUAUUUCGUUUAGUUUAUUUUACUGCACCAGUAUGCACGAAGUAAGAACACCAAAUUGUUAAUGUAUUAAUAAACAACACGUGCGGUCCUAUGAAAUAUUAACUCUACACUAGGAUGAGCUUUGUACAUAGUUCAUACGCGAAAUUUGCUAGCCGUAAAAUGCUUGAUUUGGAUUUUAUAUAACAAAAAGUAUUAUGCGUUGAAUUGCUUAAGAAUUAUUUAGACAUUUAUGGAAUACUGUGAAUAAAUAAUAGAACACUUAUCUUACGACUAAAACAAUUCGAAAGCACUUGCAAACAGGAUAGUAAGAAUAGCUGUUGGAGUUUAUCUAAUGAAAUGUGUCUUCUCCGUAUAAUGUUAUUGUUUAUGUUAGUUGUAUGGAACCAAUACAGUUGAGUUGAAAAGUUUCCUUUACGUAACCAUGUCUUCCGUUUUCCGAGUCAUAUUUUAGUUGCGUAGCGGCGAUGUACCGCUCCGACGUGUCUACACGGCAUGUUAAUCUGAAUAACGGGAACGCCAACCCGUUGUCAGCAUGCAUUGGAGCGACAAAUAUUUGAAAGACUUGUCCGACUCAUUGCCAACGGAAUGCGCUAAAUAUUUUUAUACUACUUCAGCAUAUAACAUCAUUCCGAUGAUCAAACAAUAAUCCGAGAAAAUGUCCAAUAAUCACAUUGCGCCAUACAUAAGGAACUGUUUUAUUCUACACAGCAAUAACAUUCGCUAAGUAGUUUAGCCAAAAUGCUUAGCCACUUAGUCAAUAACGGCAUAGGAACUAGAAUGCGGCCAUUCCGUUUCGUUCGUGAUAUUUAGGGUGAUGAAUAACUCCUAAUUUGUUGUGCAACUUACCCCGGUUGGUAAGGGGCCAACGCAGCCUUACCGUUACUGCCAAACAAGCAAUAUCGACCGAAAUCAGACAAGUGCCUGUUGAUGUGUUAGUGUCGUGUUCGAUGUAACCCCUCUAGAUCUCGGUUCAGCCAUUCUCGGUUCAUAAGAUCUCAAUAAGCUUUACGUGAAAUAAAGUUUGGUUUGAAAAAUAUAACUAGUUUCAGUUUAGACUACGUGGUGCGAAGGAAGUCCCGCCGAUUUCAAUGAAAGUAACAACUAAGCAUAGAAUGAUUAUGCAGACAGUCCGUCGCCAACACCCGCGGGACUUCUUUCGUAGACCAGUUCCAACAUUUCGAUGUACAAAUUGCUAUGUUCCGUUUGCCCCGCUGAUCCCCACUCAUGUAACAGGCCUGUAUUAAGUUUUCAAAUAAUCCAGUGUUUUGUACAUAAUAAACUUGUUACCAUUCUUAUACAUAUUUUAGUCGUGAAUUUUGUUAAGAUUUUGAAGGGAAAUCGUGUUGUUUUUGUCUCUGUAUUUUGCAUGUUUAGUGAGGAGAAUAAAGUUAUAAUAUGACAAAUUUA